AUGCCAUCCUACACCAAGUUCCUUAAAGAAAUUCUUUCGAAGAAAAGAAAGCUGGAAGACUAUGAGACUAUUGCUCUUAUAGAGGAAUGCAGUGCCAUACUACAAAACAAGCUACUACCAAAGCUAAAGGAUCUAGGAAGCUUCUCCAUACCUUGUCUUAUUGGCAACAUGACUUUAGACAAGGCACUCUGUGUCCUAGGUGCAAUUAUAAGUCUAAUGCCUCUAUCAAUACGUAAGAAGCUGGAUGUAGGAGAGCUUAAACCUAUAACAAUUUCACUACAACUAGCUGAUCAGUCUGCAAAGUGCCCUGUGGGCAUCCUAGAGAACAUCCUAUUAAGGUGGGAAAGAGAUGAAGAAGUAGAAUUCAAUCUAUUUAGAACAAUAAAGCACAAACUUAAACCUGAUGAAUGCUUAAAGGUUGAUAUAGUUGACAAGAUAGCUGAAGAGGAAUUUCAUAAAGCACAUCCUGAAGAUCCUUUUGAAGCAUGCAUAGUACACAGCCACACAGUAGAUAAUGAGGACACAGAAAUUGCAGCUUGUGCAUAA